AUGGUCAUGGAUUUCCUGACGGGCUGCCMCCCAGGUGGUGAAGCCUGCCCGCAUGAAUGGAACGCAACCACCCCAUCAGGAAGGAUCGAUGCACCCACCCCAUCAGGACAGCACACACCCGCCCCAUCAGGACAGCACCCCAAACGCGCCGCAUCAGGACAGGAACCAGCACGCCGCCCCAUCAGGACAGAAACACACGCCGCCCAUCAGGACAGACAACGCCGCCAUCAGGACAGAACACCCAGCCCCCUAGGACAGCACACACCGCCCCAUCAGGAAGCACACACCCGCCCCAUCAGGACAGCACACACCCGCCCCAUAGGAACGCACCACACGCCGCCCAUCAGGACACCGCCACACACACCCCGCCCCAUCAGGACAGAACACACCCGCCCCAUCAGGACAGCCAAACACCCGCCCCAUCAGGACAGCACACACACGCCCCGCACCCAUAGGCCAGCACACACCCGCGCCCCAUCAGGCACAGCCACACAUACCGCCCCAUCAGGACAGCAACACACCCCGCUACCCAUCAGGACAGCACACACCGCCCCCAUCAGGACAGACACACCGCCCACCAUCAGGACAGCACACACCCGCCCCAUCAGGACAGAACACACCGCCCCACGACACACACCCACCCGUCAGGACAGCACACACCCCGCCCAUCAGGACAGCACACAAGACACCCGCCCCAUCAGGACAGAACACACCCGCCCCAUCAGGACAGCACACACCCGCCCAUCAGGACGACACACCCGCCCAUCAGGACAGCACACCCGCCCAUCAGGACAGACCACACCGCCCCAUCAGGACAGCACACACCCGCCCCAUCAGGACAGCACACACCCGCCCCAUCAGGACAGCCACACAACCGCGCCCACAGAACAGACCACCGGCCCCCAUCAGGACAGAACCACCCGCCCAUCAGGACAGCAGCACCGCGCCCCAUCAGGAACAGCACACACCCGCCCCAUCAGGACAGCACACAGCCCGCCCCAUAGGCAGCACACACGCCGCCCCCAUCUAGGCAGCACACACCCGCCCCAUCAGGACAGCACACACCCGCCCCAUCAGGGCAAAGCACAACCACGCCGCCACCAUCAGGCAGAACACACCCGCCCAUCAGGGCAGCACACACCCGCCCCAUCAGGGCAGCCACACCCGCCCAUCAGGAGCAGCACACCCGCCGCCCCAUCAGGGCAGCACACACCCGCCCCAUCAGGACAGCACACACCCGCCCCAUCAGGGACACACACCCCAUCAGGACAGCACACCCCCGCCCCAUCAGGGCAGCACACACCCGCCCCAUCAGGACAGCACCCACCGCCCAUCAGGCAGCACACACCCGCCCCAUCAGGGCAGCACCCACCCGCCCCAUCAGGGCAGCACACACCGCCCAUCAGGGCAGCACACACCCGCCCCAUCAGGGCAGCACACACACCCGCCCAUCAGGGCAGCACACACCGCCCAUCAGGGCAGCACACACCCGCCCCAUCAGGGCAGCACACACCCCCCAUCAGGACAGCACACACCCGCCCCAUCAGGUCAGCAACACACCCCGCCCAUCAGGAGAUGGACAGAGGUGAUGAAGGAGAUAUCAUCUUGGAUUUUGCUUUCCUAUAA